ACAAUGCACGCUCCCAGCUUCUCUUCACUUCUGUGCGUACUCCUGUUGUUUCCGAUAGCAGAUGCUUUCUUCCUGCAUGGGUUCAUUCGUUGCCAACUUAUAUCCAAGCAUGAGUGUGUGUAUCUUGAACAAGUCUACUUCAAUAAGAGGCUUAUUGGCCAGUACAACAGCUCCUUUGGAAAAUAUACCAGCUACGUCGAAUACACGAAGGAAGUUAUAGACUACCUUAACGACCGACCGUCUUUGGAACAAAAGAAAAAGGAUAUUGAGAAAUGCAGAAGCCACUUACCAAAACUGGAAGUCCUUUCAACACCAGUCAAGCCCUAUGUCAGACUGAAUUCAGCUGAGGCAGACAGCGGCAGACAUCCAAGAGUCCUGGUCUGCAACGUGUACAACUUUUAUCCCAAACAUAUCCGAGUGACAUGGCUGAGGGACGGAAAGAAGGCAACAUCUGAUGUGACAUCUACCGACGAGAUGGCCAACGGGAACUGGCUCUACCACAUCCACUCACAUCUGGAGUACACACCCAGACUGGGAGAGAAAAUCACCUGUAUGGUGGAGCACGCCAGCUUUACGGAUCCACAACUUUAUGACUGGGACCCCAUGUCUGAGUCCGAGAAGAAAAAGUUCGCUGUUGGGACUGCAGGGCUGCUGCUGGGUCUCGUUGUUUUAAUUGCUGGGGGGAUUUACUACAAGAGGAACACUACUGGUCGGGAGUUGGUGCCAGCGAGUUAAGAUUACGUCUGUCAGCUGAAAUAUUUGUAUUCAAACCAAAAUGGCAGAGCGGAAACAAGGUCAUGUGGAGUAAAUCACUCAGUUAUUU